CCUAUAAGGGCCGCCACCGGCUUCGCGUCCGCGUCCAGGAGGACUACAGUUCCCAGGCUGCUCUGCUCCCUCCCUCGGGUGGUAUCCCCCUUUCCCGGUGCCGGACGCGGUAGGCGCUACCCAAGAGUGCCAGGUCCUGGGCUCUCUGUGUCCUUCUCCGGGGCAGGGACGAGGGCAGGUCUUGACUCUCGGGCACCGGGCCCGGAGGGAGCGCCGGAGGCCGCGCUCUCCCCUGUCCGGCUUACCUCACACUCCUGUCCUCCUUGCCCACCCGCGGCCGCCUGGAUAACUCCGGACUGACUGCCUGAGGCACGGGUGGCGGUCUCGGCGGCCGCGGCUGUGGCGAGGCCGCGGCCCUCGGGGCGGCGGUAGCAGCGUCAGCGCUGGGGAGGAGGAAGGAAGAUGGCGUCGGAGCUGGAGCCCGAGGUGCAGGCCAUCGACCGGAGUUUGCUGGAAUGUUCGGCUGAGGAGACCGCGGGGAAAUGGCUGCAAGCAACUGACCUCACUAGAGAAGUGUACCAGCAUUUAGCCCACUAUGUACCCAAAAUCUACUGCAGGGGUCCCAACCCUUUUCCACAGAAGGAGGACAUGCUGGCACAGCAUGUUUUGUUGGGACCAAUGGAAUGGUACCUUUGUGGUGAAGAUCCCGCAUUUGGAUUUCCAAAACUUGAACAAGCAAAUAAACCUUCUCAUCUUUGUGGUCGUGUUUUUAAAGUAGGAGAGCCUACAUACUCUUGCAGAGACUGUGCAGUUGAUCCAACUUGUGUUUUGUGCAUGGAGUGCUUUUUGGGAAGUAUUCACAGAGACCAUCGAUAUAGGAUGACAACAUCAGGAGGUGGAGGUUUCUGUGACUGUGGUGAUACUGAAGCUUGGAAAGAGGGUCCUUACUGUCAAAAACAUGAACUUAACACUUCUGAAAUUGAGGAAGAAGAGGAUCCUCUUGUCCAUUUAUCAGAGGAUGUGAUAGCGAGAACCUACAACAUUUUUGCUAUUAUGUUUCGAUAUGCAGUGGAGAUACUAACCUGGGAAAAAGAAAGUGAAUUGCCAGCAGAUUUAGAGAUAGUAGAGAAGAGUGAUACCUACUAUUGCAUGCUGUUUAAUGAUGAGGUGCAUACUUAUGAACAAGUUAUUUAUACCCUUCAGAAAGCUGUUAACUGUACACAAAAAGAAGCCAUUGGCUUUGCAACUACAGUAGAUCGAGAUGGACGUAGGUCUGUUCGAUAUGGAGAUUUCCAGUAUUGUGAACAAGCAAAAUCAGUAAUUGUGAGAAAUACCAGUAGACAGACAAAGCCACUCAAAGUUCAAGUUAUGCAUUCGUCUAUUGUCGCACAUCAGAAUUUUGGUUUGAAACUUUUAUCUUGGCUGGGAAAUGUUAUUGGAUAUUCAGAUGGGCUUCGCCGAAUUUUAUGUCAAGUUGGUUUACAAGAAGGGCCAGAUGGCGAAAACUCGUCUCUAGUGGAUAGAUUGAUGCUUAAUGAUUCCAAAUUGUGGAAAGGUGCUAGGAGUGUGUAUCAUCAGUUGUUUAUGAGCAGUCUACUUAUGGAUUUGAAAUAUAAGAAGUUGUUUGCUAUUCGAUUUGCAAAGAAUUACCAGCAGUUGCAGAGAGAUUUUAUGGAGGAUGAUCACGAGCGAGCAGUGUCCGUGACUGCUCUGUCUGUCCAGUUCUUCACCGCACCUACUCUGGCUCGGAUGCUUAUCACAGAAGAAAACCUGAUGACCAUCAUCAUUAAGACUUUUAUGGAUCAUUUGAGACAUCGAGAUGCCCAGGGCAGAUUUCAGUUUGAACGAUAUACUGCUUUACAAGCCUUCAAGUUUAGGAGAGUUCAGAGCCUUAUUUUUGAUCUCAAGUAUGUGUUAAUUAGCAAACCAACUGAAUGGUCAGAUGAUCUGAGGCAGAAGUUCCUAGAAGGAUUUGAUGCCUUUUUGGAAUUACUCAAAUGUAUGCAGGGAAUGGAUCCAAUUACACGUCAAGUAGGACAGCAUAUUGAAAUGGAACCAGAGUGGGAGGCAGCCUUCACACUACAAAUGAAAUUAACACAUGUCAUUUCAAUGAUGCAGGACUGGUGUGCUUUAGAUGAAAAAGUGUUAAUUGAAGCUUACAAGAAAUGCCUUGCUGUAUUGAUGCAGUGUCAUGGUGGUUUCACCGAUGGUGAACAACCAAUCACAUUAAGCAUUUGUGGACAUUCAGUGGAAACUAUCAGAUACUGUGUUUCCCAAGAAAAAGUUAGCAUUCACCUCCCAGUUUCUCGCUUACUUGCAGGUUUACAUGUAUUAUUAAGCAAAAGUGAAGUGGCAUAUAAAUUUCCAGAGCUCCUACCUCUAAGUGAACUUAGCCCACCCAUGUUGAUAGAACACCCUCUUAGAUGUCUUGUUUUAUGUGCCCAAGUACAUGCAGGAAUGUGGAGGAGAAAUGGCUUCUCUCUAGUAAACCAGAUUUAUUACUACCAUAAUGUGAAAUGCAGACGUGAAAUGUUUGACAAGGAUAUAGUAAUGCUUCAGACAGGUGUCUCCAUGAUGGAUCCAAAUCAUUUCCUGAUGAUAAUGCUCAGCCGCUUUGAACUUUAUCAGAUUUUCAGUACUCCAGACUAUGGAAAAAGAUUUAGCUCUGAGAUUACCCAUAAGGAUGUAGUUCAGCAAAACAAUACUCUAAUAGAAGAAAUGCUAUACCUCAUUAUAAUGAUUGUUGGAGAGAGAUUUAGUCCUGGAGUUGGACAGGUAAAUGCUACAGAUGAAAUUAAGCGAGAGAUUAUCCAUCAAUUAAGCAUCAAACCUAUGGCUCAUAGUGAAUUGGUGAAGUCUUUACCUGAAGAUGAGAACAAGGAGACUGGCAUGGAGAGCGUAAUUGAAGCAGUUGCCCAUUUCAAAAAACCUGGAUUAACAGGACGAGGCAUGUAUGAACUGAAAGCAGAGUGUGCCAAAGAGUUCAAUUUGUAUUUCUAUCACUUUUCAAGGGCAGAGCAGUCCAAGGCAGAGGAAGCUCAACGGAAAUUGAAAAGACAAAACAGGGAAGAUACAGCACUUCCACCUCCAGUUUUGCCUCCUUUCUGCCCUCUAUUUGCAAGUCUGGUAAACAUUUUGCAGUCAGAUGUGAUGUUGUGCAUCAUGAGGACAGUACUGCAGUGGGCUGUAGAACAUAACGGAUAUGCCUGGUCUGAGUCCAUGCUCCAAAGGGUGUUACAUUUAAUUGGAAUGGCACUACAAGAAGAAAAACAGCAUUUAGACAAUGUCACAGAAGAGCAUGUAGUAACAUUUACCUUCACUCAGAAGAUAUCAAAACCUGGUGAAGCACCAAACAACUCCCCUAGCAUAUUAGCUAUGCUGGAAACACUACAGAAUGCUCCCUACCUAGAUGUCCACAAAGAUAUGAUUAGAUGGAUAUUAAAGACUUUUAAUGCUAUUAAGAAGAUAAGAGAGAGUUCAUCCACUAGUCCUGUGGCAGAGACUGAAGGAACCAUAAUGGAAGAGAGUUCAAGAGACAAAGACAAAGCUGAGAGGAAGAGAAAAGCUGAGAUUGCCAGACUGCGCAGAGAAAAGAUCAUGGCCCAGAUGUCUGAGAUGCAGCGGCACUUUAUUGAUGAGAACAAAGAACUCUUUCAGCAGACAUUAGAACUAGAUGCCUCUACUUCUGCUGUUCUUGAUAAUAGCCCUAUGGUUUCAAAUAUGACACUUAGAGCUUUGGGGCCAGCACAAACUCAGGUCCCUGAACAGAGACAGUUUGUUACCUGUAUAUUGUGUCAAGAGGAGCAAGAGGUGAAGGUGGAGAGCAAGGCAAUGGUUCUGGCGGCAUUUGUUCAAAGAUCAACUGUAUUAUCAAAAAACAGGAGUAAAUUCAUUCAGGAUCCAGAAAAAUAUGAUCCAUUAUUCAUGCACCCUGAUCUGUCUUGCGGAACACACACUGGUAGCUGUGGGCACAUUAUGCAUGCCCAUUGUUGGCAAAGGUAUUUUGAUUCCGUUCAAGCUAAAGAACAGCGAAGGCAACAGAGAUUGCGCUUACAUACCAGCUAUGAUGUGGAAAACGGAGAAUUCCUUUGUCCCCUCUGUGAGUGCUUGAGUAAUACUGUAAUUCCUCUGCUGCUUCCUCCACGAAAUAUUUUUAACAGCAGGUUAAAUAUUUCAGACCAACCAAAACUGACUCAGUGGAUUAGAACAAUCUCUCAGCAAAUAAAAGCAUUACAGGUUCUUAGGAAAGAAGAAAGUACUCCUAAUACUGCUUCUUCAAAGAAUUUAGAGAAUAUGGAUGAAUUGCAGUUCCCUGAAGGGUUUAGGCCUGAUUUUCAUCCUAAGAACCCUUAUUCUGAGAGCAUAAAAGAAAUGCUAACAACAUUUGGAACUGCUACUUACAAGGUGGGACUAAAGGUUCAUCCCAAUGAGGAGGAUCCCCGUGUGCCCAUAAUGUGUUGGGGUAGUUGUGCAUACACCAUCCAAAGCAUAGAAAGAAUUUUAAGUGAUGAAGAUAAACCAUUAUUUGGUCCUUUGCCUUGCAGACUGGAUGACUGUCUUAGGUCAUUAACAAGAUUUGCUGCAGCACAUUGGACAGUGGCAUCACUUUCAGUGGUGCAAGGACACUUUUGUAAACUUUUUGCAUCAUUGGUGCCAGAUGACAACCAUGGAGACCUUCCAUGCAUAUUAGAUAUCGACAUGUUUCAUUUAUUGGUGGGCUUGGUGCUUGCUUUCCCUGCAUUGCAGUGUCAGGAUUUUUCUGGGAUCAGCCUUGGCACUGGAGAUCUUCACAUUUUCCAUCUGGUUACUAUGGCACACAUCGUACAGAUCUUACUUACCUCGUGUACAGAAGAGAAUGGCAUGGAUCAAGAAAAUCCUGCUGGUGAAGAAGAAUUAGCAGUUCUUGCUUUGUAUAAAACACUUCACCAGUGUACAGGAAGUGCCUUGAAAGAAAUACCAUCUGGCUGGCAUCUAUGGAGGAAUGUCAGAAAUGGAAUCAUGCCUUUCCUUAAGUGUUGCGCUUUGUUUUUUCAUUACUUAAAUGGCGUUCCUUCUCCACCUGAACUUCAAGUUUCUGGAACAAGCCAUUUUGAACAUUUGUGUAACUACCUUUCCCUGCCAAACAACCUCAUUUGCCUUUUUCAAGAAAAUAAUGAGAUAACAAAAUUACUGAUUGAAAGUUGGUGUCAUAACAUUGAAGUUAAAAGAUAUCUUGAAGGUGAAAGAGAUGCUAUAAGCUAUCCAAGAGAAUCCAACAAAUUAAUAGACCUUCCAGAGGAUUAUAGCAGCCUCAUUAAUCAAGCAUCUAAUUUCUCAUGCCCCAAAUCAGGUGGUGAUAAGAGCAGAGCCCCCACUCUGUGCCUUGUGUGUGGAACUCUGCUGUGCUCCCAGAGCUACUGCUGUCAGACUGAACUGGAAGGGGAAGACGUGGGAGCCUGCACAGCUCACACCUACUCCUGUGGUUCUGGGGUGGGCAUCUUCCUCAGAGUGCGGGAAUGUCAGGUGCUAUUUUUAGCUGGCAAAACCAAAGGCUGUUUUUAUUCUCCUCCUUACCUUGAUGACUAUGGGGAAACUGACCAGGGACUCAGACGGGGAAAUCCUUUACAUUUGUGCAAAGAGCGAUUUAAGAAGAUUCAGAAGCUUUGGCACCAGCACAGUAUCACGGAGGAAAUUGGACAUGCACAGGAAGCAAAUCAGACACUGGUUGGCAUCGACUGGCAACAUUUAUAGUUACUUCACUACCAAAAACAUAAACUUGGAUUUUUGUAACCCAGUUGGCUUUUCAGGAAAGAAUAGGAAAUAAAUUCUACUGAAUUUGGAAAUAAAUUCUAUAUUUAAGCUUUUCUUCCCAGUUUUGUUUUCAUAGUUUCUGGCUCCAGGGACUGAUGAAAAUCAUCUUCCAUCAGUGGAUUUUCUUGCACCGUUUGCUGUGUCCCUCAAUAUAACUGCUUGAGUUUUAGAAUUCAGCAAGGAACUUCUCUUCCCAGGCUGGGCACAGCCCCUUUGUGGGCAUCUAACCGCUUUGACUAUUCCCAGUAGGCUGAGCCAUGUUAUGUUACUGAUCACAAGGCACUCCAGGCCUGAAGCUGAUUUGACAGCAGCAGGAAACAGUCUCUGUGGUCUAUUGGGGUCACAUUUCCUGGUCCCUUUCAGUGACUCUCAACACUGGGACUAGGUCGCUGUCCCCUCUGCUAACAGGACCCUACCUCUAAGAGCAAAGCAGUGGAUUUUGAAAGUGGCUAUCCCUGUCUCCAUUGGCUAUGAGCAGGUUGGGGCACAUGUGCAGGAGGAGCCUGUGGGAUGGAUAUCAAGCUUGCUUCAUAUGCUGGGUGGUUUUCAGGGCUAUAAAAGUUGGAUUUGUAGGGGAGGGGGGCAAGACUUUUGGCUUUGAGAGAAAAACUCACUUUAAAGGGCUUUUUGAAAACUUAGACUAUCCUAAUUUUUCAGACAAUAUAUUCCCAUUUCUAAGACUAAACCAAGAGAUUGUAUGCAUCUAGAAUCAAACUAGAAGAAAAAAUGAGAAUUCAGUGUUUUGAGGUUCCCCUACCCUUUCUAGCAUUUCCUGGAAUAGACGAAUUACUGUUUACCUGCUGGCUCACUUAGUACAUUCCUGGGACAGCUUUUGUGCCCAGGGUUUUUAUUAUUUUUAAGCAUUAUUGUUCUUACUAAGAGGUGCCUUCCUAGAAUGAUAGCCGCUUAGUAGAAUAGCUUUUAACUGUUACAUACCACAUAGCCACUCUCAUUUGAUGUAUGUGUGCUGAGAGCUUGAAUACAGAGAGUACUUGCAGAUUUAGUGGAGGAAUAAAUUCUGAGCCUCUCUAAGGUAGGGCUAAGGGACAAAUGAAUAAUAAGAGACUCUUGGAUUUUUUUAGCCAAUGCAAGUAAACCUUUCACUCAAUUUUCUUGAACUGCAUCUGUAAGUUCUGUUCCAUUCAGCUUUGUAUACACUGCAGUAAACCCAGGAGGAAGGUCAGAAAUCCAGACUUCAGGCUAAAAUAAAGAGGGAUACAGAAGCCACAUCCACUGCUUCCUCUCUAAGGUAGUGUGUGACAGGACCCCCUCUUCUGAAACCCUUCUUGCUUGGGACUGGCUCACCAUCUGAGAGGAGGACCAACAGGAAGAAAAUCCAAAUUAGAACACAGCAUUCUUCCCCCUUUAUCUGGCCUUUCUUCCAUUCAUAAGAACUGGGGCUGUGGAUGGCAUAAUGAUUUUAAUGUUUAUUUUGGUCUUUGUCGCAUCCCCGUUCCUUUAGCAUUUAAGCCCAGCUUCUUUUGGCUUUUCUCCAUAUGUUCCCCCAAGCUUGAAUUUAAAAUAGGACCAGGUUUCUCCCUCUGUAAAUGAAUUAUAAACAUUUCCACCAAAUCAUAACAAUACUGUGGCUUUCAGGAAUGACUUUACAGAAGUCCAUUGUUAGCAGAGGGUGUCCCUGGAUUUCAUUCUCUGAAAAUGACAGAGAGUCUGAGAGAAGAUGAACUUACAUGAAAUAGCAACACACGCACCCUUUUAUCUUCUAGUGUGUGCAUAAUUAAGCUAAUUGUCAUCCUUGCCAAUGAUUUAUGAUUUGUUCCGCAUGUAUUAUCUUUAUUGUAGAAAUGUUUAUAUAACAUGCUUUCCAUAUCAGGGAAAAUCAUAUCUGUUUAAUAAAUUGGCUAUAACUUUAAUAUCUGUGGACAACUUGUAAAAUUUGGAAUGUAUCAUAUGUAAAAAGUUUAAAGCUAUCCAAAUAAAUGCUUUAGGUGUUGACAUUA